UGUGAGGUUUCCUUACCAAGAGCUGCAAAUCCACCAAGAAACAGUAGCCAUUUAUCUGCUGCCUUUUCUGCACCCUCUGUAAACCAAAGAUUACACAUCCAUAAGAUAUUAUCUAUCGCUCUUUGUCUCUCCAAUUUCUAAAAUGGCCCAGCUGGACCUGGUCCAGUUGUUAUGUGGAGCAAGAGAAAAACAAAAACCAAAGAGGAAAUAUAUAAGGAAUAUAGCAUUUAGAUGGAUAUAUGGAUAUAUAUCUUCAAUUUUCCUCCAACCACCGCUCUCUUCCUAUCUCCAAAACACAUACCCAAAAAGAUUAUCUUAACAUAAAUGCCCUUCUGUCAAUCCCAUCUUCCUCGAUCUUUCCUCUCUUUCUUCAUGGGUCUGCUUUAGGGUUCUUGCGUUCAGCGAGGUUCAGAGUAAGGGAAGACAAGACUCACUGAUAUCUUCUUUCUAUUUAGUCCUUUUCAAGUCGAAUUGGGAUUGAGUUUUCUUUUCCUGAUUCUACUUUGUUUUGAUGGAAAAAAUUUGCACGUUUUAGUUUGUUCUGAUUUUUUUUUUUUUAAUUUUUUUGAAAUCCAUACAGAAUUUGAGUUUCAUUUAGGAUUUGUUAUUAAAAAAGCUCAAUUUGCUUUUAUUGGGUAUUGGGAAAGAUCAAUUUUUCUAUUCAUACCGCCCAAACCCUACAAAUAAUAAAUUGUCUAAUGUUGAAGAAUAGCAUGGGUCAAUCUCAAUUCGUUGAGGAAGCUAGCUUUAAAUUGAAACAUCAAAGCCUACUUCAGGAUUUCUUGGAAUUGCAAAAGGAAUUUGUUUCAAAGAAGAAAAAACUGCAGAUGACUAAGCUGAAGAGAGACGUUCUAUCGGCUGAAGUUCGCUUUUUAAGGCAGAGGCAUAGACAUUUAAUGGCUAUAAAGUCCCUUAAUCUUCAGCCAGAGCAAGAUCCCAUUCCACCACAAAAGUCGUCUAUGCAAAAUGAGGGUGUUGGGAAAUUGUUGAGAGCUGAGAAGAAGCUCAAGAAUGGCAUAAUCACUGAGAAAAGAGUUAAGAAGAAAAUCUCAUGGCAAGAUCAUUCAACUGUAAUGAAGGUCUAAAUGUCUUAUAUUUCGUUAGCCAAUAAUGAAAUUCUUAUAGCUAAAAACCAUUGAUUGGCAUCACCCUCAAAUAAUUGACUAAAUUGUUUAUAGCAUUAGAAAUUUUUGUUUGGUUUCUUUUAUUUUUGUUUUAUCACAGUGGAAAUUGUAAAGAGAGAUUUCAAUACUUUAGAUAUACAUAACAUGAAUUUAGUCAAGUACCCAUUUAUUAAUUUGAUAUUGUUAUCCUUGGUUUUAA